GCUGGCGGAUUACGGGGAGUGCCGGGCGGGUCGGGAGGACGCGGGGAGCGAGGAGGCCUCGGUGAAAGAAGGAUCAAAAAUGUCAGCACUAAAUUGGAAGCCCUUUAUCUAUGGAGGUUUAGCAUCAAUCACUGCAGAAUGUGGUACUUUCCCCAUUGAUCUGACAAAAACACGUCUGCAGGUUCAAGGUCAAGUCAAUGAUCCCAAAUACAAAGAAAUCCGUUACCGUGGAAUGUUUCAUGCACUAGUCAGGAUAUGCAAAGAAGAAGGAUUAAAAGCCUUAUACUCUGGGAUUGCACCAGCAGUGCUACGCCAAGCUUUAUAUGGAACUCUAAAAAUAGGCACUUACCAGAGCUUAAAAAGAAUGUUUGUUGAGCAUCCAGAAGAUGAAACCCUGAUAAUAAAUGUUCUCUCUGCUGUUCUUUCGGGAGUGAUAUCAUCAUCUAUUGCCAACCCUACAGAUGUCUUAAAGAUCAGAAUGCAAGCCCAAGGUAGUGUGAUUCAAGGAGGAAUGAUGGGCAACUUCAUGCAGAUCUACCAAAAGGAAGGCACUAAAGGAUUAUGGAAGGGAGUAUCAUUGACAGCACAGAGAGCUGCUAUUAUUGCUGGAGUGGAACUGCCAGUGUAUGACUUUGUCAAGAAGCACAUCAUUAUGUCUGGAUUGAUGGGAGAUACAGUAUAUACUCACUUCCUCUCAAGUUUUACUUGUGGGUUAUCUGGGGCCCUUGCAUCCAAUCCAAUUGAUUUUGUAAGAACACGCAUGAUGAACCAGAGAAGCCAGGACUCAAACUACAAGGGUACCUUGGAUUGCUUGUUACAAACAUGGAAGCAUGAAGGCUUUUUUUCUCUAUAUAAAGGGUUUUGGCCAAACUGGUUAAGACUUGGUCCUUGGAAUAUUAUUUUCUUUGUGACAUAUGAGCAGCUGAAGAAACUAGACUUCUGACAUGCUGAACUGUACUGAAUUGUGUUGCUUUACUGUUUGAGUUUAGAGCCACUUGUGAGUUGCUUGAGUAUCUGCUCUUCACUGUCUGAGCUACUGGCCAAGGAAGAGGUCACAAGAGUGUUGUGAAUGAGAACAACCUGGUAGUGAUAUCCAGGCAAAUUGGCUCCUGGAACAAUGGCUUGCUCAAGUGAUUCAGUGGAUGAGGUGCAGUUUUCUAGACUGAACCAAACAUGGUGAAAUACCUUCCUUCUGUCAGCUGUCUAAGCCUUCUUGAAUGUGAAGAUCUGUAGUGCAAUUUUAUACUGUUGAGGCUCAGAUGUGCAAUGUUAUGUAUGAUUCAAAGAGCAAUCUCUCCAUAAAGAAAGAGAGGCAGUACCAAGGAGCUGGGCUUUUCCUGUUUUCAGAAGUUUAUGCA